AUGUCCGCAACAUUAUAUGCACCUUCACUGCGCAGCCAGCUGAUUGGCGAGUAUGAUGAGAGGCACGAUCUCGCCUACUUCAGAGGUAUUCCGUACGCGACUAUUAAGCAAAGAUGGACACACAGCACAAUACUUCACGAACUACCGAACAAGUUCAACGCUGAAAAGUUUGGUCCUCGAUGCCCACAAGAAGAGGGUGCCGUUCUCGUGAGUGGUGGAAUGAACGACCCAACACCAGGCGAUAGUGAAUUCGACUGUCUCAAUCUGAACAUCUGCGUCCCACGAGAAUGCCUGGAGCAGUUUCAGAAUGGACACAGGAAGCGCAAGGUGCCUGUAAUGUUCUGGAUUCAUGGCGGCGGCUUCAGAUUCGGUGCCAACUCGGUCGCCCGGUACAGGCCUCACGCGCUAUGCUCUCGAGCACGUGAGUCUGGACGGCCUAUCAUCUUAGUCCAGAUCGGAUACCGCUUGGGUCCACUGGGCUUUGCAGCGUCGGAUGCGCUACAGGCUGAGUUCGGUACGUCUCCCAACGCCACAGGCCCAGCGUCUGGAAACUAUGGAUUCGAAGACCAGCGCAAUGCUCUCCGUUGGGUCCAUGAACAUAUCGCAGACUUUGGCGGCGAUCCCGACAACGUUACCGCAUUUGGCGUAAGCGCUGGAAGUGCAUCUGUCCAUUACCACAUUCUGACUGGUGACCCCAUGUUCGACAAAGCCAUCUGUAUGUCAGGAACAGGCGGCACUCUCGGACCCUUGGAUCCGCAAUAUUAUCAGCAAGCCUGGGACGCUUUGUGUGCGGCAACUGGCUUACGGGACGCAAGUGCAGUCGAUCAGGUGACUACGCUUCGGAAAGCUCCCGUGAUGGACAUCCUGCAGAAGUAUUCGAAUGCUGCGAUGGGACCCGUGGGUGAUGGUGUGCUCCUGCCAAGGCACUGGAAGUUCGAAGACACCCUCAUAACAAGAUGUCGAUCAAUCAUACUUGGAGACACCAAUGUCGAAGGUAUAAUCCUUGACAGUAUUGCAAGAAACAUCAAGCCCGAGCAGAUGUUGAGAACGAUCCAAGAGAUCAUUGUUCCGAAGAAUCGGGAAAUUUCUGCCGCCAUUUCAACUUCACUGGAUCUGAUCAAGAAUGGACGUCGUACAGAGAGUCGAUACGACGAUUCUUGGGCUAUAUGA